AUCACCGCCUGAAACUUCAACAGGUGACAGAGGGGCUUGAUAUGCAUGAGAUCGUAAAAUGGUGCUGCGCCUGACGCGUGGUAGCUCGGAAAUGAGCUGAGGGUAGUUCCGGAAAACAUAGGACAAGAUCUGUGGGCCCGUUUGUUCUCCUCUCAGCCGGCAGACAGGCGAAACGGAGCUACAGGAGAAGUAUUGAUAAACCUAAUCUUAACGAACCCCAUUGUCCCACGAUCGCAAGGUUGAUCACAGGAUCUGUUGGUGGUGGGUAGACAAUAAAGGGAGUACAUGAACACUCGCAGAAUGGCUCAACUUUGGAGGACCACUAUCGUGGCAGUGCUGCUGUGCACGCUUGCAGUGGGCUCGGCAAAGGCCAGGGAGCCCCAUCGAGAUUUGCACGGGUCACAUAAGUCUGUUGCUGUCGCCGAUGGGCGCCUUAGAAGCGCCGAUGGGAAUACCUACUUUGUAGUCCAGCCAUUUGGCAAGGGGAUCGUGAACGCUCAGCUGAGCGUGCUGAAGGGACUGGAGGCUGCCAAGAGGCAUGGGUACAUCUUUGUGGUGCCCCCCAUGGUGCAGUGGUGGGCGGAGCACGAGCCCAGUUACCUGCUCAUACUGCCCUUCAACCACUUCUACAACGCUGAGCACUUUGAAACUUUCGCCAAGGAGUACGGUGCUGAGAUCGCGUGGGAGCUGCCGGCAGACAGGACGCCUGCAUGCAUGCUGCAGCAGCAGCUGAGCGAGAAGGCGCCGCAGGCAGUGAACAAGGCGACGCACCGCGCGUGGGCUCAGGAGUACGGCGUCAUCUGCCUCAGCGGAGCUUCCACUUUCUUCACCAUCGACGGCGCUGAUCAACCCCAGUUCUGGCCGCCCGACAGCCUCCGCCAGGCGCUCAAGCCCUCCGAUGUGUACGCGCGCGAGGCGCAGAAGAUGCUGGAGGAGGUAGCGCGCCAGUUCGGGACAAAGGAGUUUGUGAGCGUGCAUGUGCGCAUUGAGGCAGAUUGGGAGGAGCACUGCGCUGCAGCAAAGGACCGAAAUGACCUGAGCUCUGCCCUUUUCAACAACAACUACCAGUGCUGGGUGGAUGAGGCGCAGACUGCUGAGGUGCUGGAGAGGAAGCUGAAGGUGAAGCCGGGGUCGCUGCUGUACAUCCAGUCAACCGUGCCCCUCAAGAACAUGCAGAAGCUGUGCAGCAAGUACAAGUGCUUCAACCGGGACACCGUCUGGAAGGAGCGCAGCGAAGAGAUUCCAUACAAGAAGACAUCUCUGGUGCUGUCAUACCUCACUUCGCUGCUGGCGGAGCAUGGCACGGCAUUGUAUGGCAACAUCCAUUCAGCAUACUACGGCGAGCUGGCCAAGAAGUUCUCAGCUGCGGACAAGCCUGCGCACCAUCUGAAUGCAGACUGCCCAAUGAAUGAGCUGUGCAAUUGAACAGUAGACAGCUCGGGAUGCAUAACUACGCGUUUGAGCUGGGAGUUUGCAUUUUUUUCUGUUUUGGUGCUUGAACUUUGUUGACCUGUUCGGAUCCUGCCAGUUUAGAGGUACCUAGGUGAGAUUGACUGAUGGAAGGCUUUGCGCAGCCUUGCCUCCCUGACACAAUAAAGUCGUCAAAG